CACAAUUUUCAACACGCAUGCACAUUUCACAUCAUGCACACGUUAUACCACUCUGACAAUGAGUCAUACCGUUGAGUGUAAUAGGAAAUCUCUUGUAUAUGAGUGAGCCAUAGGAGUUGUCCGACCAGUGAAGACGAGUUCGAAACAACGAAAAUAAACAGUCGCGAAGCUAAAACAAUGGAAGUUCAUCGAUUUCGUGUUGUUCGCUCUGAUUUUCCAAAUUUCAGCAGACGAGAAGUUAUUGGUUACUAUAGUCUAGAUGGAAACAGAAAAUUUAUGCCAAGUACAGCUCAAUUAAAGUACCUUGUCCGUCCGUCAGAUAUUAACACUGAAAUUGAUCUAAAAAAAGGCUACCAUUUGUAUCAACGUAAACCAGCCGCAGCUGAUGAAGAAAAAUUGGAAAAUCUACUUUAUUGGAUUUUGCUACACACUCCCAAAAUCAGAGCCAACCAGGGCUCUGAUCGAUGGCUUCAGCCACAUUUUAUUUGCUAUCGUGGCCUCUUGACUACCAUAUGCUGUUCACCAUUUGAAAAGAAAGAGGGGUGGAUAAUCUGUGCUUCUAAAUGGCGAGGGACAAUAUAUCUAAAUGCGUUUGACACGGUGGAAAAGCAGCAUUAUAAAAAAAAUAUCUCAGAGGAUGAGCUAAAGUUCAUGUCAUGGGGAUAUAAAUUUGAACAGUAUUUACUUACAGGAUCACCCGGGCAAAUCCCAGAUACUUCGCAGGCUGUAAAUGAAGCACUACAGUUCAACUGUAUCUUCAAAUCUACACUUGCUGAACAUAAAUUAUUAUAUGGGGCAGAGAUUGAUGGGGUUGUAUCAGAUGAAGUAUUGGUAGAGCCAAUAGCUUGGGAGAAUAUAAAACUAGUAGAGCUAAAAACAAAAAAAAUUAUGCACCUCCCGAAGCAGCAUCAUUUGUUUAGAAAAACCAACCUCAUGAAAUGGUGGUGCCAAAGUUUUCUUGUUGGCAUUGAGAAUGUCCUGUGCGGAUUCAGAGAUGACAAUGGAUUUGUGAGGAAGAUAACCAGUUUCAACGUUGCAGAGAUGCCCAUAAUGUCUAAGGGACUUUGGGAUGCGUCGACAUGUAUCAACUUUGGUAAUGAUUUUCUACGCUUUGUCAAAUCAGUGGUUAAAGAGGACUAUGAUAAAAACGUCUACAAAUUUGAGUGGGCACCAGGUAGAAACGUACAGGUGGAAGUGUUCCCUGGUGAAUGCGAAUACUCGGUACUCCCACAAUGGUUCAUCAAUGAUGCUGAACCAUAUAAUUGCAUCAACUAACAGUUUAGAAUUUAAAAUAAUAAUGGAAUUAUUUAUGUAUGUGAAAAUAAAGUUGUUUGGUUUAUGAUUA